CGUGAGCAACAGAACAGAAUUCGGCGGAUUGUAACGCUUAACGCGUAUUUUGUUUGAACGGCUCUAGUGAACCGGUGUGGAAGGUAAAACAAAAGUGACAUGAGUGAGGAAAUUGUACAAAAUCGCACAUACAAACAUACACCGAAAUUCUAGUUUGAUUUUAUGGCUUUUGGUUUAGUGUUAAACUUGAAGAAGAAACAGCGCAGCGCUCACUGAGAGCAAAGAGUGCGCCGCCAGUGAAAAAUUGCACAUGAACUAUGCGAAAAAUUUGCAAAUUAAGGAAGAAGAAGUUUCGUGUAUAAGCAGUCAAUAGAAAUAUGCCAACUAAGCCGCAAAAGGAGUAGUCUGUAAGCUAUAACAACAACAAAUAAAAAUAAAACUAUUUGUGUGGAGGUUUUCUGGGCUUGUGUUUGCGCUGUGGCAUAACUGUGUUGCAUUUGCCAAAAAUUUUGCGGUACAAAUGUUAAAAAAUAAUAAUUUUAUUAAACAACAAAAAAAUACUUUAACUAGCUUAAAGCUUACUGUUUGUCAGUGCGACGCCGCUUCGACACUUUGUUGCCGCUAAAAGAGAAAGUAUCGGAAAAUUGCCGCAUAUGUACUCAGUGCUUACAUAUUUAAAUUAUUUUUGUUUUUGUUGUUAACAGUGUCCCAAGCAAUUUAAUCGCCUUUGAAAGUGUGCAAAAUCAACUUACAUUAAAUAGGCAUUAAAGUCUUUCAACUAAACAAAUUUAUUGAUAAAAUAAAAGUGGCGCAUAGCAAAAUGAGUAAUAGUGUUACCCUAUAAAGCCAGUUCACCGCGCUUAUGCCAUUACAUCACUCAACUAAAGCAUACAUUCACCAGCGCAUUGCAUUGCAUUGAUUAAAGUGCAUAAAUCAAAAGUUAUUAAUACCUGCCUGUGUCGAUCCAUAUAAGCAUUUUGAAAUUGCAAAACUUUUGAUUUCUAUUUCUCUAAAAAGUGUUUCAUUUAUCGUCCAUUAAAUUGUAUUUACUACAGUGAGUGGAGUAAAGCGCAAAGUGACUGCAGCUGUGGGAAGCAGUUAACGGAGUUUUUUAGAUGGAUUAUUGAAUUUGAAGAUCAAAAAUGUUUCAUUACUGAAGCAGCGGCAACCACUUACAAGCAGCAUCAAGAGUCAUAGCAGUAAAUAUUUCUCUGCAAAUCACAACACGUCUUAACACGCUCAACUGCGUGGGUGUCAAAAGCAAGCAGCUACCAACAACAACAACAUACAGCGGAAGGAAAAUCACAAAGCGAAGUGAACAGUAGCAAUUGGCAGAACCGCAAUUGCGAACAAAAAGAUUAACACUCUCGCUAUACCAACACACACACACCUAUCUAUAUAUGUAUGUGCAACCGAUGCAGCAAACAGCGCACGAAUGCCUGCAACAGCCGCCAACAUCAACACGAUUAUUGCCAGCAAUCAGCAAGUGCCAUUGCCGGCAGCAAGAACAACAAUCAACAGCAAGCAACGCAGCGCUGGUGGUGGCAAUAACAGCAACAACAACAGCAGCAACAUCGUCGGUAGCAACAAUAAUUACAAUUUACGUCCAACGAUUGCCGUGAAACCAAAAACAACCGCAGCGACAGCGACCGCAGCAGUAGCAACCACUGUUGCCUCACAAUGCAAACCGCAAUACGGCAACAACAGUAAUACGAACAACAGCGAGCACAAUAAUCAGCAUAGCAAGAGCAAGCAGUACGACGCAUACAGCAACAGCAAUAACAAAAACGAUUGCGGUGUCGUUGCUGGUAGCAGCGGCAGUGGCAGUGGCAGCAACAACGCCAACAAUAGCAACAACAACGAUAUGCCCGGACGUCAUAGCUGGGACCCGGGUCGCAUCGGUGUCGAACAUUUGGCCGGCGCAUUAAGUCCGCUCUGCAUCACCGAUUCGAGUCAUGAAAUCGUGCGACCGAAGCCGCGUAGACCAACCGGCAACAUGCGCGGCGACAUGCCCGUCGUAUUCAGCCCGCAGCCAACGAACUCGCAACUACAUUGUCCCGUCGGCUCGCCAACAACAACAAGCGCAUUGCCACAACAAAACCAAAUGAGCGCCAUGCCUGCGACGCCAUCCACUGGCACCACAAUGACCGCCAACUCCACGCCGCUCAACACACCAAAUGGUUUGAGUUCCUCCACCGGGCGCAUACAAAGCCCCGCUGUGGCAACACCGGCGCCACGCAUCUCCAAAGAGUUGGCGCAGCGCUUUAAUAGCGGCGCGCCCAAUAUGUUGGUCAAUUCACCAAACGGACAGAGCGUCGUGUCGAAUACCACAAUCAAUAUACGAAGUAUAAGCAGUCCGCCCCAAGCGCCUAGCAAACCGCCGCCGCAACGCACCUUGGCGGCACCAGCGCGUCUAACGGUGCAAAGUACGCCAGUCAAAUCGCAGCCGCCCAUGCUGAGCGGCAAUCUGUCGCCGCAACAACCGCAGCCGCAACAGCCGGCGGCAGUGCAACAAAAGUUCAGCGCCAAUGACAAGCGUCCGCUGCCAUUAUCAUUAGAUUUGAGUAAUUGCAGCAUCGGCAUACCAACAGCUGAUGCAAACUCUGCGCAUGUAACGCCCAGUGGUGGCGGCUAUCAGCACAAUACGCAUGCAAAGUCAGGCGCGACAAGCACGCGCACUCACCAUCAUGAAUUUCGCGCGCUGCAGCGUGUGCAGGAGUGUCAUAGCUCGUCGGAUGAGAAUCGCUCAUCGGGCCAUGCGAGUAUGUCGGAUACCGGCGGCCAUGGUAGUUCCUCACCUGGUGGUGGCAUAGCGCUGGGCCCGUUGCCGGAAGAUCGUCUAGCCGCCGCCGUCACCAAUCGCAGCACGCGUUCACGCACAAGCACAAAUCAUUCGCGAGCGCGUCAUCGCGCCACACCGGCGACGAAGGCGCCAUGGAGCGGCAGCGGUUUGGAGGAUAUAAAAUUGGCCAUACAACAGCUGACAAUGCGUUCGCAAACGAGCACCAGCACUUAUAGCAGCCUCAGUGCUGGUUCGGAGAGCUCGGAGCCCGCGCGACGCUUAGGACGCUACUCGUCACUGGAGACAGUUAAUACAAAUGUGACGAACGCCGAUGAGUUUGUAUGGGUGGACUCACAUAAUCGCUUGGUGGAGUUGCAACAUCCACCGUGGAGCCAACACUGUAUAAUGCGCGUCAUUCGUAAUGGUCGUUGCAAGGAGCAGGCAGAACGCGUUUCAGUCGACACCAUACCGCGCUUAGGUUAUCUGCUGCAACGUGCAUUGGUGCGUAUUGCGCGCGAAGUGCAGCGCCUCUCCGCCUGCUUGGGAUUGUGUUCAAAACAAGAAGUCGCAACCGCAUACAAGAUUGUACUGUGUCCGGCACUGGCGGACUCUUGUAUUAAAGCGUGUUUACGCGCCGCUGCGAUGUUCGCUGUAACAGGCGACAGCGCGCUCAAGCAAAGCAAGUCCGCACGCGCUGGUCUACAACUACCCGUAGGGCGCUUUCAUCGUUGGAUGGCCGACGCGCGUCUCGGCAAAUUUAUACACGAAUACGCGGCAGUGUACUUAUGUGCUGGCAUGGAAAACCUGCUCGAGGAGUUGCUGUUGCAAAGCUUUCCUGCAGAUUCAGCCAGCCAAUUCACCACAGCGACGCUGGAUCAGUCUAUCGCGCACUCCGGUGACCUGUGGGGUCUUUUGCAGCCUUUCGCGCACUUGAAUGCCGGACGCGUAGCAUCCGGUGCGCUCACCAUGCCAAGAUGGGCAAGUCUAUCAUCACUUGGUUCAGGCACACAAAAAAGCGGCAGUUCGGGCGGCAAUAGCAAUGUCUCGCUGGAACCUUGUCUGCUAACGACCUGCGUUGGCAGCAUAACCGAACUGAAAGACUUGACUCUGCGUGCUCAACAAAAAUUUCAACACACAGCUCUCUCCAAUGCGGCCCUCUCCACACUCUUCUACUUUAUGCGCUGCUCACAGCUGGAACACAGCGACUUAAGUGGCGCGCCUUCAAGCGCCAGCGGUAGCGCGGGCGGCAGCAGUCAAAAUGUGCAAGAACUAUGCUAUGAACGUGCAUAUGUGGUGCUGCCACCAUUGGUGGAAUGGUUGCGUGUGGCUUCAGCGCACGCGGAAUACCGACACGCUGUCAUGAUAGAUAAGGACGAUAUCAUGCAAGCAGCGCGUCUACUUUUACCAGGCGUAGACUGUCCAAUGCGUCCAAUUGGGCACGAAGAGGAGUUACCCACAAAGAAGACACAUUUCUCACACCCCGGUACGACUACGCCCUUAGCAUCGGGUAUCAGUGAAGAUACCACGGAGUUGGGCAAGCGCGCCACCAUCACGCUUGCUUUCAAACUCAUGCUUACUGGACGCGCUGAAUUAAUGGCGCAGGCGGCCAACCUAUUGCCGCCCACCACGCGUUAUGACACACUGAAUCACGCCGGUUUAACGGCGCUUAUGAUUGCAGCAAUACGCAAUGACGAGGUGGCCAUACAGGCGCUACUCGAUGCCGGCUGCGAUCCAAAUAUGGAGGUGCCACCAGUUGGUCAACCGAAUUUUCCGGGUGUACAUCCAGAUACGCAGCACUGGACGGCAGUGACAUUCGCCGCCAGUCGCGCCAAUUACUUGGCCUUGCGUCUGCUGCUGGAACGCGGUGGCAAGGUUGAAGGUGGUGCGCGUCUAAGUGAAGAGAAACCAACGCUGACGCCACUGCAAGUGGCAUGCGGUUCUGGCAAUGUCGAGGUUAUUUCGUUGCUGCUAGCGCAUGGCGCCAACGCAUUUCUCUCUACGCAGCAGAAAGACACAAUGUGUUUUGCUGGUGGCUCAGCGCAGCGCGGCUCGUAUUGCGCCAUCUCUGUGACUGCAGCGCACGGUCAGCGCGCUUGUCUGCGCAAACUGCUCUCACAUCCAAUGUCGCCGGGCAGCAAAGACGUGCUUUCGCUCGAGGAAAUGCUAGCCGAAGGUGAACCUGUAGGUAAUGCGACGCGUGGUGGCGCAUGCGCGACGAAUGCAGGGGGUGAGCGCAUAAGCGCCGAGCUGCCGCUCACAUUAAACAAGACACAAAUCAAAAGUCUGCAGGAGGCAAUGUAUCACAGCGCCGAAAACAAUCAUCUUGAUAUUACAAUAGAGCUGCGCACGUUGGGCGUGCCCUGGACUCUGCACUGUUGGAUGCACGCAUUGGCGGCGGCGCAUGAGCUGCGCUUGGAUGCUGUUAUCGAUCAACUGCUGCAGGAUUUCUUGCAAGUCUGUCCGGACGACUACAGCGCGCAGUUCGUGAGCGAGUGCCUGCCGCUGCUCUUCAACAUAUUUCGUUUUAGCAAAAAUGAGGGCACAACACUGCUGCUGGCCGACAUUUUCGCCACUUGCUUCGGCUGGGAAACCAUCAAACCCAUCAAAGAGGCGGUCAUGCAAUCGGUGAACAGCUCGCGCAUAGACCCCAAAUUUGUCAACAAUCCAGAACUGAGCGAUGUAACAUUCAGGGUGGAAGGCAAAAUAUUCUAUGGCCACAAAAUAGUGCUCGUCACCGCCUCGCCGCGUUUCCAAAGCAUGCUCAGCUCCAAGCUGAGCGAUGGAAACACGCCCACAGUGCAGAUAAACGACAUACGCUACCACAUCUUCCAGCUGAUCAUGCACUAUUUGUACAGCGGUGGCUGUGCCACAUUGGAGGUCAGUAACGCUGAUGUGUUGGAGCUGAUGGCGGCGGCGAGCUUCUUCCAACUGGAAGGUUUGCUGCGCUACACCGAGUCACGCUGCUCGGAGAUGAUCGACAUCGACAAUGUGGUGGCCAUGUACAUACACGCGAAGGUCUACAACGCCAACAAGCUGCUCGAGUACUGCCAAGGUUUCUUGCUGCAGAAUAUGGUCGCUCUGCUAACUUAUGACGACUCCGUCAAGCGCUUGCUCUUCGCGAAAAAGAUACCCAAUCACGAUGUGCUCUCCGGCCUGCUGCACACGCUACAACAACGCAUCAAGCAGCGCAAGCCCAUGGGCGUGGGCAACUUUCGCCAGCAGCUCAGCUCGCCACCACCAGGCAGCGCAGGUGCUCAUCUUUUGAGCACUAGCCUGUGCAAUAACGUUGGUGGCAGUCUGGGUGCGUCCAAAAAAUAAAUUUGCACUGUAAUAUACUGCAACUUAAAGUACUUCAAACAUUUGCGCUGAGUUUGCGCAGCGUUGCCAGCCUUGUCUGCUGAAGAAAUGACAUUUUGAAGUUAAAAAACACAAAACAUUUACAAUAUUGGUUUAAAAAUAUAGUAAAAGUUAUAUAUUUAAAUAAUUAAACAUAUUUAUAUGGUCGUAGCUGUAAUAAGUCCUACAAAUGAUCGACAUUUUGCCCUCCUUGAAGCAAAAUUCACCCAGUAAUGUAAGUCGGCGCUUGAGCGCGUCUUCUUUUUAAUUUUUUUCCCUUUUGUUUUUGUUUUAUCAAUAUAUGUGUAUGUGUGUAUAACGUUGUUUGUAGCUUACAAGACAAAUAUACAUUAGUUAGUUGCCUUUUGUAGUAUCCUUAAGCUUACGAAGUUUCUCUAGGUUGCCUGUAUUGCUUGUAGUUUCUAGCAAAAUUUAGAUACAAUAUUGUAUGUAUGUAUAUUUAGUUU